UUCCUUUCCCAUUUCAGACUAUUCUUGAAAUCCAAAAAAGAAGUCAGUUCCUUUUAAUACAUUUUUCUAGCAGUUUCUAUAAAAAUAGUUUCGAUAAAGCACAAAGAUCAAAUUAUCCGUAAAAAGUACACAUACGACCGAAAAAGGGAAAAAAUGAGCGAACCGAACAAGUUUUACGACAAGGAUGGAUUUCAAAUUGAAGAGCGCAGUUCUUCGAUCGAUAUGAGAUCCUACAUGAGGGAGGAUCCACAGAACCCGGGCGAGGAGGACAACGGAGCGCAAAAUGAGACACCCGCGGAGGGCGUGUCUUUCGAAGAGGACCCCUCCCCAGUGGAGGCUCCGAAGGACUCUUCAGUGACGGGCAUCCCCACCAAAGAGGGAGGGAUUUUGGAGACUGUUUCAAUGGAGGCUGACAAAGAGGAACCCAAACAGACGCCAGAAGAUCCUCGCAAACUUGAAGAAACUGGAAAACGGCAGGGAUCGGAAGAGUCUCCGAAGAUACCCCCGAAGGCAGAUUGCAGAGAUCAAGAUAAUCUGAGUGAGAGCAGUUACCAAGAGGAUUCUAGUCGUCCACACACCCUCCGAAGCGACGCGCAACUUUUGCUGCAGGAGCUGGCCUUUCCGGCUGCCUUGAACCCGCUGCCGCUGGGCAAGCCAAUCAGCCUCCAGGUGGGCAGUUUCGACAACAUCCUCAACCAGCUGAAGAUCAGCAGCAAUCCCUCUCUCGCGGAGUCCACCACAAUAAAGAUCCGGCUGAGCGACAUGCUGAAGAACAUGGAGCGGGGCACGACCGAGCCGGAGCGACUGGACAAGCUCUGGGCGGAGUCCCUGGGCCCGGAGCGCACAAACCUCGCCGAGAACCUGCUCCGCAUGUUCAGGCAGAAUGUAAAACCCUCUCUUCUGGUGGUGGUGGAGAACCGACAAUUCCGAUGCCACGCCAUUAUCCUGCAGUUGGUUUCGACCUUCUUCCGACGCGCCCCGAUGGGCAAGUCGCAUGUCUACCACCUGCCCAGUUCCAUGGUUAAUGCCCGCGCCUUUGUGGCCAUGUACCGAUGGGCCCUGGAGCCGGUCCAUGAAAUGUCCACCAAUUACCUCCUGCAGGUGUUGCGGGCAGCGCAGUUCUUCGACUGCCCGGAGAUAGUGGCCGACAUCUGGAACGCCAUGGAACUGGUCACGAGGGAUCCCGAAAAGGCCGUGUCCUUGUACCAGCGGGGCAUUACUCUGGGUCUUCACCUGGAGGAUCAUCUGAUCGGUCGAAUGGCGAACAUCUUCCUCCAGUUUGCGGCCAGUCAGGAGUUCAGGCUGCUGGAGGCUGGUCCCCUAAAGCGGCUGCUGUCGAUGGGCUCUCUGGCGGUCAACUCGGAGAUGGAGGUAUACAUGGCCGCCGUGGUCUGGCUGGAUCACAAGUGGCCGGAGCGCCAGUGCCACGCUACAGAGAUCAUCAAGUGUGUGCGGUUCGAGCAGAUGCCCUUUCUGUUCCUCUUCUCCCUUGUCAGACGCACUGACGGGCCGCCGGUGCUCCGAUUCCUGGCCGGAUUGCCGGAAAUCCGCAAGCGAGCCUUACUGACUCUUGAGGAAAUUGACAUCGCCGCUAGCAAAUUUCAGGGAAGGUGCGGCAACACCAGUCGGAACUGGAUCUACGAUCGCCGGGCGCCAUACCACCACGGGAACACUUGUCGGCGCAUCCAGUUCCUGGGCUACGACACUUUCGUCAAGUACUUGAAGUGGCUGCAAACCGCCGGCCCGAAGCACUGGCGCACCGUUCGCAGCAUUCAGCACCCGGAGAAUCGCUGCUGCGCGGCUCGUCGAACAGUCUUUUGACCAUUGUUUCCCCUUUUAAAAUUCAGAGAAACGUAGAGUAAAUAAACGGUUUUUAAAAUAA